AUGGCGCUCCCGGGGCCGCCCGAGCCGCCCGGCGGCGCGCCCCGCAAGGUCCCCAGCCUGCUGGAGAUGGGGGCGUUCUGCCUGGACUCCGACAUCAUCCUGGGCUUCACAAGUCACCUCCUGCGGCGGCGAGGCAAGAUCACAAGUAGUGCGGGCGCCGUCAGCACCUCGUCUGUGCAGGAGGAGGUUGGGGUCCUUGGAGUGGGCGGGACCGGGGCGGGCCUCCCUCCCUUUCCCGCCCCACGCGCCGCCCACCCUCCCGCGCCCCGCCCCGAGCCCCAGCCCCGCCUCACCGCGGAGCCAGACGGAGGCCACACCGGGCGCUGGCGGCCACUCGCCCGGGCUAACUUCGCAGCCUCGGGCCGGCCAUGGGGCCUCCCCCAGGCCGGAUCACCUAGCUGUGGCAUCCCGGAGCGCCCCCGAGGCCCCUCCUGCGUCCCGACCAUGGGCGGCCGCGGUGCUCCGCUGUGGGUGGCCCCAUCUGCGGUGGCCGAGAGCGGUCCGGCCCAGGAGCCGCCACCACAGCCACCACCGCCGCUGGAGGUGCCACCGCGCAAGAGGCUGCCCGCCAGGCCAGAGCAGGACCCACGCGGAAGCCGUCCCGCACCCGAGGGCGCCGGCGCAGGUCCAGAGCAGGGCCACCUGGUCGGCGGGAGUGACUGGUGCCGCCACUGCCACACGAAGCUGCUGGAGCUGAAGCGACAGGCCUGGAAGCUGGUCAGCGGGCCGGGGACGACCCUCCGGGAGCCCUGCCUCUCGGCGUUGCUUCUGGACAAGCUCGCGGUGCCGGGGGCCCUGGCUGCCUGCCCCCCCGAGGCUGAGGGCCGCUGCAGCACCUGCUCCACGCACCUGCACCAGCUCACGCGUGAGGCCCUGCACCUGCUCCAAGGCCCGGCCAGCCACGAGGACCCCGACAGCCCUGGUGGAAGCCCAGGCCCGGCUGCCGUGACCAGCCGGAAGGAGUCACUGGGCCCCUCAGGGCCAGACAGGAAGAAGGGGCUGGCCUGGGCCCCGGGCCCCAGUGUGCAGGUGUCAGUGGCGCCCGCGGGCCUGGGCGGAGCCUUGAGCACAGUCACCAUCCAGGCCCAACAAUGCCUUGAGGGAAUGUGGGGCGUCUCCAGAGUCAGCGGCUUCCUGCCACCCACCUACCUGGCUGAGGCGGCCGUGGCUGCAGUAGCGGUGGCGGACACAGUCCGAGAUGGCCCACCCAUGGCAGGCCCCGAGUGUGUGUCCAAGGCGUGGGGUAACGCGGGGACACGCACGUCGGCUCUGGUCACUCCGGCCCCUGGCCCCUCUGCUGCAGCCUCUUUCUUCAUCAGGGCUGCGCAGAAGUUCAGCCUGGCCUCCAGGCGCAAGAAGGCGCCCCCGCCGCCCACCCCUACACCUGUGUCCUGUGCCCGCGGUGCCUCUGCAUAUCCCACUGACUUCAGCAGGGUCCUGCAGCUGGGGCCGCCCCCUGUACCCCCCUGCUUGCUCCGGGCUGCCUCCAAGGCCAAGGACAACCCUGGUGGCAUCGGAAAGGUGAAGGUGUUGCUGCGGGUCUGCCCGGCGCAGGGGGCGGUGCACUCGGCUGAGUCCACGUCCUUCCUGAAGGUGGACCCUCGCAAGAAGCAGGUGGCCUUCUACGACCCUGUCGCUGGCCUCCGGCGUGGGGCCGCGGUCACGGUCCCCAGGAUGUUUGCUUUUGAUGCUGUCUUCCCUCAGGACUCUGAGCAGGCUGAGGUCUGCUCGGGGGCCGUGGCCGACGUGCUGCAGGCUGUGGUCGGUGGGGCUGACGGCUGCAUCUUCUCCUUUGGCCAGACAAGCGUUGGCCAGUCGCACACCAUGAUCGGGAAGGACAGCUCACCACAGAGCCUGGGCGUCGUGCCCUGCACCAUCUCCUGGCUCUUCCGGCUGCUCGGCGAGCGCAGAGACCGGACUGGCACCCGCUUCUCCGUCCGUGUCUCUGCUGUGGAGCUGUGUGGCCGUGACCAGAGCCUGCGGGACCUGCUGGCCGAGGUGGCCUCUGGCGGUCUCCAGGACACACAGUCUCCAGGCGUGCACCUUCGGGAGGACCCGGUGUGCGGGGCACAGCUGCAGAACCAGAGUGAGCUCCGGGCGCCUACGGCCGAGCGGGCUGCCUCCUACCUGGACGCAGCACUGGCUGCUCGUAGUACAAGCCGGGCGGGCUGCGGCGAGGAGGCCAGGCAUGGUUCACACAUGCUCUUCACACUGCAUGUCUACCAGUACCGUGUGGAGAAGUGGGGCCAGGCGGCAAUGUCAGGAGGACGAAGCCGCCUGCACCUGCUGGACCUGGGCAGCUGUGAGACUGUGUCCAGCAGGGCUGGAGAGUCCUCAGGGGGCUCCCUGGAUCUGUCACUGCCGGCCCUGGGCAGCGUCAUCCUGGCGCUAGUCAGCGGUGCCAAGCACGUUCCCUACAGGGACCACAAGCUCAGCCUGCUGCUCCGUGAGGCCCUGGCAGCCGCUGGCUGCCGCACCACCAUGAUCGCUCACAUCUCGGACGCGCCAGCCCAACAUGCUGAGGCCCUGAGCACCGUGCAGCUCGCUGCCCGUGUCCACCGUCUCCGCAGGAAGAAGGCCAAGUGCGCGUCCAGCUCCUCGGGAGGAGAGAGCUCCUGUGAGGAGGGCCGGGCACGCCGCCCGCCGCCCCUGCGGCCCUGUCACCCACGCUCGGCUGCUGCGGACCGUGGCGACCCCGAGUACUCAUCCAGCAGUGAGCAGUCCUGUGACACAGUUAUCUAUGUGGGGCCUGGGGGUGCCCCGCUGUCAGAUCAGGAGCUUACCGACCACGAAGGCCCUCCCGACUGCGUGCCCAUUGUGCCUGUCUUGAGCCGCCGCUGGCCGUCCGGAGGUGCCCGGGAUGCUGACCACUUGCGCUGUAGUACCUUUGCAGAGCUGCAGGAACGCCUGGAGUGCAUCGAUGGCAACGAUGCUGCACAGGCCACCGUUGCCCGAGCCGGCCCCAGGCCCGAGCCGCCUGAGACCCCUGCCCCUAGGAAGGCCCCAGGCUCCCCCGUGGUGAGCGGUACCCCUCGUGCUGGUCCUGGUCCCAGUAGCCACCGGGCUGCACCUGACUCCCCCAAGGCCAGUGCCCAGGAUGGCAGCCACCCUCGGCCUGAGCCACGCACCCUGGACAAGGCCAUGGUGGAUGGAGGCCGGAGAUUACUGCCCAGCCCGGCCCCUCCACCACCGCCACCACCACCGCCACCGGAAGCUGAGGACCUCUGUGGAGGGGGCAACGGCAACAUGGCCCGGACACCUCCUGUGGGCAUGAGUGAGCAAGCAGGCUGGCCCCUGUCUCCCCAUGGCCGCCACCUGGAGCGGGGUCUGCUUACCACCACGGUGACGCUGCAGCAGCCCGUCGCCCUCAACGGGGAGGACCAGCUGGUGUUCACGCUGGUGGAGGAGCUGGCCCUGGGGGCGGCGGGCGGCCGGCCCCCCAGCCUGGCCAGCUAUCACAGUGACUGCUCCCUGCAGGCUCUGGCCUCGGGGUCCCGGCCCGUCAGCAUCAUCAGCAGCAUCAACGAUGAAUUUGACGCCCUCACCACACAGGCUCCCGGAGGCCCAACUGAGGCAGGUGGCAGGCCGGAGCCACACAUCAGCUCGUGGCUGAGUGACCUCAGCAUCUACGGUGCCGAGGGCUGUGGCCCUGUGCCCCGGCUGAGCUUCAGCCCUGACUCGCCUGCUGGGCCUGAGUGCCCGGGGCCUCCUGGCCUAGGCGGUGGCUCUGAGGGCAGCAGUGUUGGGCUCCUGCGGCAUCCCAACCCUUGCCCGGCCCCAAGUUCUCAGCCAGCAGAGGCUGUCAUGGCCCCAGCCCCAGCCCAUGCUGGGCCACCCCGGCAGGCUGUGGCCGCACAGAGCAUCCAUUCUAGCCUGCCCCGCAGGCCGAGGAUGGACUCCGAGGCUGGCCACACUGGCUGCUGUCCCCUGGACCAGAACCCUCCUGACCCUGGCAGCCUCUUUGGUGACCCCUGGCUGCUGCAGGCAGGCGAGUGGGACUUGCUACAGGUGGGCUCAGCUCGGCCAGGUCCAGGGCUGCCACCAUGUACCCAGAGGGUGGUCGACGGGUGUGAGGUGGCAGCCAGGACUGCUCCCCGGCCAGAUGCAGCUGCCCAGAUCCCCGUUCUGCGGAGGGGUGCCACGACACUGGGGGUGAGCAUGCCCACUGCCUCCUUUGGGGACCAUGCCACUGUUGAAGGCAGCAGGAGGAGUCCAGCUCCCAAGGGGAGCCUCUCUCCCAGGCCUGGUGGGGUGGUCCCCCCAGCCCCGCCUGUGCGUAAGUCCAGCCUGGGGCACAAGAAUGGUGCCACCCUGGCACCUACCCAGGCCGUGAGCCUGAACCGCGCGGCUGCCACCAUCCAACUCUCCUCAGAGGAGGCCAGGCCCGGUGGCCGGGCUCCAUCCAGCCUGAAGGCCCGUGCAGGCAGGGUGGAGGGGGCACAGCGAGUGGCGGGCCACGCCUCCCCCGAGCGGGUCGAGGCCCUGGGACACAGCAGUGGCAAGGCCAGGGAAACCUCUGCACGGCCACCCCGGGCUGUGCCCAAGCUAGGGGUGCCACCUGCCAGCCCCAUGCCCACGCUUGCUCCUUCCUUCAGGGGCAGCCCAGCUAAGGCAGUGGGAGUCCCUAGGACCCCAGGAAGUGGGGGCAAGGGCCGGAGCCUAGCUGCCACCGGGCCUCGAGCUCUGGGUGCCUCGGCAAAGCCGCCGGCCCCCACAGCAGGCAGGACCCCGGGGGGCCCCCUGGCUGGCCCCAGGAUGGUGGCCAAGGCCAGCCGGGGCACCGUCAUGGGCACCAAACAGGCACUCCGGGCCACUCACAGCCGUGUGCAUGAGCUGGCGGCCCGCAGCAGGGGCGGUUCCUCGUGGGGCUCUCCUGACUCAGAUAGUGGCACCGACAGUGGUGUAAACGUGGCCGAGGAGCUGCCCGCCUCGCGGCCGGCCCUGCCCUCUCCGUACAGCACCGUGACGGCCCCACGGCGGCCCCAGCGCUACAGCAGCGGCCAUGGCAGCGACAACAGCAGUGUGCUGAGCGGAGAGCUGCCACCUGCCAUGGGCCGCACCGCUCUGUUCUACCACAGCGGCGGCAGCAGCGGCUAUGAGAGCAUGAUCAGGGACAGUGAGGCCACGGGCAGCGCCUCCUCCGCCCCGGACUCCAUGAGCGAGAGUGGGGCGUCUCCUGGUGCCCGCGCCCGCAGCCUCAAGUCCCCCAGGAAGAGGACCACAGGAGUGCAGAGGCGGCGGCUGAUCCCAGCCCCGUUGCCCGACACUGCCGCCCUGGGCCGCAAGCCCAGCCUUCCCGGGCAGUGGGUGGACCUGCUGCCGCUGGCCGGCUCCCUGAAGGAGCCGUUUGAGAUCAAGGUCUAUGAGAUUGACGAUGUGGAGCGCGUGCAGCGGCACCGGCCGGCCCCGCAGGACCACCCCACCCAGCUCUCCCAGGACACAGAGAAGGGCACGCGACUGCGGCUGGCUGAGCGCAGGCAGCAGCGGCUGCAGGAGGCACGGGCCAAGCACAGUCGUCUGUGUGAGGAGCUGGAGGAGACGCAGGGCCGGCUGAUGCUGCAGCCGGGCCGCUGGCUGGAGCAGUUCGAGGUGGACCCCAAGCUGGAGCCCGAGUCAGCUGAGUACCUGGAGGCGCUGGAGCGGGCCACGGCCGGACUGGAGCAGUGUGUGAACCUGUGCAAGGCGCACGUCAUGAUGGUCACCUGCUUUGACAUCAGCGUGGCCGCCGUGGCCACCACGCCGGGCCCCCAGGAGGUGGACGUCUGAGGCUCGGUGUGGAGACGGGCAUCAGGGAGGGCAGACGGCCGCUGCCCCCCAGCCACGAAGUGCCUUUAACCUUGAGCUGGACUUUGUCCCGCUCACAUUUGGUGCUAAGGACUCCUUGGCCAGCAGAUGCCAGACCGGGGGCCGCGCCCCGCCUGAGUUCGUGGCGGGCACGCCAGGCCUUCUUCACGGCAGGAAUUCUUACCAAAACCAUCCGCCCUCGGGUUUUGUAACGUCUCUUAGGGCUGUAUUUUUAUAGUGUUUUGCCGACAGCGGGCUUUGGAGACAGAGGGUCUGUGUCUCUGUGGUUUUCUACG